AUGGCCGUUGAAUUCAUGGAUCCCAACCCUCUGGAAACAGGAACUUCGGUCUAUCGGCAACCUGUCAGCGUGCAGGUCCAGAGCACACUAAUAUCCAGACGACUGAACCCAAGUGUCCCACGCAUAACACGCAAAGUCACCAUUCGCUUCUAUGAAAGACUUGACGAAGCGGGUAUCCCUCGACUCGUACCGUUUGGUGCACUGCCACGCUACCAAGACAUGAUUUACCCGGAGGCGUGUAAGAUGCUCAGAAAACCCAUGGUUAUCGGCCGCCCCUACGAUACCUGUUAUCUUCAUUGUCUGCCAAUCCAGCAAUCCUCAGAACAUCACACCCUCAUCUACCAUGAAGCUUCGAUUGCUAUGUACCAUUCGCUUGGCUAUCGCAGUUACUUCCUUGGAGAGUUCGGCCCUUUCUCCGUAGACAUUCUCAGACGUCAUCCGCAGGAAUUGUUGUGCUGCUACUCUAAGCCAUACGAUGUCAACCUUGAAUACCCCUGCCAUAUCAAGCGGGUUAACUGGCACAGGCCACCAGCAUCCGUUGUGUUCUUGACAGGAUCCGAGAAACCCACGAUGGCUUUGCAUCGCCGCCGCGCGUUUUUGGAGUUCAUUGAAAUUUUGGGAACAAGUGAGCAAGUGCAGAUCUUUUCUCUGUCCGUUGUCGUGACGGAUCACUGGAAUAUGCACGGUUGGAAAGAGAGGCUUGGUCAACGCCCUUUUUAG